CUUUGUGUGCUUGUCUCGCCGCGUGUGAGUCAGUGUACCAGUAUUUUGUGACUUUACAUGAAGCUUUUUACAACCAUCGUGCUCGGAAAUUCAGGAUAAAUUUUAUAGAAAGUUAAAUUAAUCUUUUCUCAACGUGUUGAGCUAUUUUCUGGAUAUGCUUUAGCUUUAAAUUGUGCAUAGGAAAGAGUUUUCUAACGGCCUAGUCGGGUCGAUGCUGACAAUGCCUAUGGCAAUCGUGGGCCAAAGGCACGCGAGGCAGAUGAUGGCAUUUUCGGGACCCCCGGCCCCUAUUCCCUCCCAACAUGCUAUCUUGACCGCAGCCGUGGCGGUCCCUUAUUACCAAGUCGUGCCCCCACAAGACAUUCAGCCGGACAGACCGAUCGGAUACGGAGCUUUCGGAGUAGUUUGGUCAGUGACAGAUCCUCGAGAUGGCAAACGUGUUGCGCUCAAGAAAAUGCCCAGUGUCUUCCAAAACAUGGUGUCAUGUAAACGUGUUUACCGGGAACUACGGAUGUUGUGCCAGUUCAAACAUGAUAAUGUUUUAUCUGCGGUAGACAUUCUGCAGCCUCCACAUAUUGACUUCUUCCAAGAAGUUUAUGUGUUGACGCCAUUGAUGCAAAGCGACCUUCACAAAAUCAUCGUCUCACCACAGCCAUUAACAUCGGACCACGUCAAAGUCUUUCUCUACCAAAUACUCAGAGGUAUAAAAUAUUUACAUUCUGCACGAGUCAUCCAUCGAGACAUCAAACCUGGCAACCUUCUAGUCAAUAGCAACUGUGUAUUAAAAAUCUGUGACUUUGGGCUGGCACGCGUUGAGGAGCCGGACGAGGCUAUACACAUGACACAGGAAGUUGUCACCCAAUACUAUCGCCCUCCUGAGAUCCUCAUGGGCACAAAACACUACACAGCAAGCAUCGACAUCUGGUCUGUUGGCUGUAUCUUCGCCGAACUGCUAGGCCGCAGAAUUCUCUUUCAAGCUCAAACUCCCAUCCAACAGUUGGAUCUCAUCAUUGAUCUCCUGGGUUCUCCGACACUUGAGGAAAUGCGCUCAGCAUGUGAGGGUGCGAAAGCUCAAAUAUUACGGAGCACACAUCGCCCGCCUUCACUACAUGCCCUCUAUGCACUCUCCGGACAGGCAACACACGAGGCUGUCCAUCUGUUGUGUCGAAUGCUUGUGUUUGAUCCAGAAAAGCGAAUCACAGCAGCUGAUGCAUUAGCACAUCCGUAUCUAGACGAGGGUCGUCUCCGCUACCAUUCCUGCAUGUGCACGUGUUGUCACAAUGUUGGGGGUGGCGUACGACACUACACGAGCGACUUCGAGCCUGUGUGCAAAGAGCCGUUCCGAUAUGACUUUGAGGAUGAUCUGACAUCAGUCUUCAGGGUGAAAGAAAAGCUACACAAGUUCAUUCUCGAAUAUCAAAAGGGAAACAACCGGGUGCCACUCUGCCUUAAUCCAAGUUCCAUAUCAUUCAAAAACUUUGCAAAUUCUCAGGUAGCUCAGCCCUCAGAGCUUCCCCCCUCACCGCACGUAUGGGAAUGAUGCACCUCGAUCUCACCACUGCCAAACAUUAUCUCACAACGCCAUUGUCCCUGCGUGAGCACAGACUCAUACCACCACACUGUCACAGCUUUACUGCAUCAUUUGUGCUGCGUGUGUACUGUGAACAUUAUGUACAUACUGUGCAACUUGCGAACAAUUGUGAAUUUGGUGCGGUGCAGGAAUAAAAGGAUACACUUUAUUAUUCGCACAAUGCUGUGGACCAAAAAUCACCUCACAAAAAUGUACAUACCAAAGUUUCGGAGGAUUUCGAUUGACUGAGAUUUGGUUCUUGCGAGAAGCACACGGCAAAGUCUUGUAAGGACUGCAAGCAAGAGAAGGUGUAGCUGAUUAUUUGUCUGAUCAGCUAGUGUCCUUAAAAACAGAUAGCGAGCCAUGGAGAUUGAUUUGAUCAUCUUGACUCUGGGUGGUUUUGCAUGAAGUUGUGGGAGUUUUUAUAGUUUAUCUAUUACUGGUUGUUUUUCUACUGAUACCAAGACCAGUGUGUGAAGCCUUUGCACAGUUUUAUUUUUUUCCACUGAAGUGUUGUUUUCUUUGUAAACAGACAUUUUUUAGUGUGUAGAUUUAUACUUUUAUAUUGGAGCAUUUUAAUAUCUACUAACUCUGAGACAUAUUUCCUGCAAAGGUUCUUUGUGUACUUUUUUUUUCUCUCUUUCUAUAGAAAUAAAUACUGAAGUGAAUUUAAAGCAAAAAUGUAGGCAAGAUUCAAGAAUUUUAACUAGGUUAACAAUCUUAAAAAUAACACUGAUCUCAUAAGAUGGCGAUAGAAAGACUUAAUAUAUAAGAGCUAAGCUCACCUUUUUAUCUUAAGGCUUGUAUUUUAUGUUUUUCUACUAUGUAGAAUGUUUAACAUUAAAAAAAACAUCUGAUGUUAAUAACGACAAUGAAAUUAAUUUUGUGUAAGAUUGUUUAACAGACAAAUUCACCUGGAUUAAUCCAGAGAGCAAUCUUGGAUUUUAUGCCUGAGAGCUGUAUUUUGCCAAAUUUGUAAGUUAUUAGCCAUGUCUCUGGUAUAAAUGUUGAGAAUUUGGCCAAAGCCUGGUAUUACUGUGUGAAUCCUUAUUUAUACACAAGUUAGAAUCUCAGGGUUAUUGCUAAUAGAAGCAAAAAUGAGAAAAUAAUGUUUCAAUGAAACAAAGUGUCACCUUUGGAAAAUAAGAUUGGGUGACAUAUGUCUGUAUUUUUUUAAAUGAAGGAAGUUCUUUGAAUUAUUGCCAAAUAUACACUAGUACGUUAGAUAGAUAUAAUAAUGAGCAAUAUACAAAUGGCACAGGCAUGUAAUCAGGAUUUUUGUUGCUUAAAUGUUGACAUGUUACAUAAAUGACACACAAGUCUUAUGAAAUCAAUUAUUAAAUCAAUCCAGCCUGCAAACCCUGCACGGGAAAAAAACAACAUCAUAAGCCUGCCUGCAAACCCUGCACUGGUUAAAACAUCCUAAGCUAGCAUGCAAACCCUGCACUGGGAAAAAACAUCCUAAGCUAGCCUGCAAACCCUGCACUGGUUAAAAACAUCCUAAGCUAGCCUGCAAACCCUGCACUGGGAAAAAAACAUCCUAAGCUAGCCUGCAAACCCUGCACUGGGAAAAAAACUUCCUAAGAUAGCCUGCAAACCCUGCACUGGGAAAAACAUCCUAAGCUAGCCUGCAAACCCUGCACUGGGAAAAAACAUCCUGAGCUAGCCUGCAAACCCUGCACUGGGAAAAAACAUCAUAAGCUAGCCUGCAAACCCUGCACUGGUAAAAAAACAACCUAAGCUAGCCUGCAAACCCUGCACUGGAAAAAACAUCCUAAGUAAUCCUGCAAACCCUGCACUGGAAAAAACAUCCUAAGCUAGCCUGCAAACCCUGCACUGGAAAAAACAUCCUAAGCAAUCCUGCACACCUUGCACUGGAAAAAACAUCCUAAGCUAAUCUGUCAACCUUGCACUGGAAAAAACAUCCUAAGCUAGCCUGCAAACCCUGCACUGGAAAAAACAAAACAUCCUUAGCUAGCCUGCAAACCCUGCACUGGGAAAACAAAACAUCCUAAGCUAGCCUGUCAACCCUGCACUGUUAAAAAAAUCCUAGCAGGAACUGGACUGUUGCAGUUUGUUUAGCCCAAUAGUUAUAUUUUAGCAACAUAGGUCAGUGAGUACAAUGCUGUGUACAUUUCCUAUGCCUUACUUAACUGCUUCCUUCCCUUAUCUUUGUAUAAAGGGUUCAUUUGUAUGUCCUAUUCAUUUCUUGUCAAAUAUGUACUCUUUUUCUAGAAGUCAGCAAAUUUUAAGAGUGUGUCAUUACUAAUUCUAGUGUUAUUUAAAAUUUUAUUUGAAGUUUACUGAAGUAAGAGUGUUUGCAUAUUUAUAAUUAUGGUAUUUAAAUGUCAUUUGUAAAUCCCUUGUGCCAGUUUUUCAUCAAGAUUGAAGUAAUCAAAAUGGUGGUUUGACCACUCGACUAAUUGUUCUUGUGAGAAAAUAUUUUAUUGAUGCUAAAAAUCUUGACAAAAAAUUUGAAACUGUGAUAAUGUAUGUAUAAACAUCAACUACAAUUAACUGUGACAUUUAUACAAAUGUCUUAAAUUUGAACUAGAACAAAUUCAACUAGAGGUGAUAGCGUGAAACAAGACACAGAAAAAUGCAAAUUGUAAAAAAAUCAUCUGAAAACAUUACCAAAGAGGUCGAUUGUGAAUCUCUAAUCCAGUAAAUAUUUAUUUUUUUUGUAAAUGUUCUAUUUAAUCAUAUCCAUGUACAUAUGCAUGAAAACUGUAUAGUAUUCACAUAGAGUGACUGUGGGUAUAUUUAUUUGAAUGGUUUCAUAGUCAUUAUGGUGAAAGUGAUAUGUUUGUAGAAGAAAUAUUUGGAAGCCUUAGAAAAUGGGUUAAAGAGAGAUGUUUAAUCUAUUAUAUAUUGGAACAUUCUACACUAUGUAACAGGUCUUUUAUUUCCGUGAACAUUUUCAUAGUUCACAAACUCUAUGGUGCUAUUCUAAAAAGUGAAUACAAUAGCUUUUAAAGCCAUGUUGGUGUACAUCAAAUGAAACACUUGGCUUGGAAGAAAGUAAUGCAGAUUCAACUUCCAACUAUGACUUUUGUUUGUUUUCAUUAAGUGAAUGUAGUAUGUCCAUAUCAGUGACUGAAUUCAGCCAGUAAUCAUAUUAUAUUAGUGUAGAACCGAAUUUCUGUUUGAUAUUGAAAUCUGUAAUGAAAUAUGUACAUAAUGUAAGUACUGAAUGUUGUCAUCAAUAGGAAAGAGAAAGUCUUCAAACUGUAUUGGUAACUAGUAUCCAAGAAAAGUUGGGGCAUGGAUUUGUCAUUUGGAAAAACUUCCAUGUUUGAGAAACAAGCUUUACUUGAAUUAUGCACAAAUAUUUAAAGAUCAUAUCUUCCAAAGGUCCGAAAAUAUAUUCCAUUGUUCUUACAUCUUUUCAUACAAUGUUUGUUUCAAGUAAAAAUCUUAAGUGCUUUGUAAAAAUUGAAAAUAGUUGAUUAGUGAUUCCGACAUAAUUCAUUGUUCAUGUGGGAUGAAAAGUUUGUUGACAGUAAGAUUUCUCUAUAAUUUGUACAUAGGCUUAUAUGCUGCAGGUAGCAGACGCACUUUGGGAUAUGUUAGUUUUCAUUUGUGGUAACCAUUUAGCAUGGAAUAGCUGUUUGUUCAAUCAUCACAUACCAUUGUUCAUUUUAUAUAGGUCACACCGCCAUAUUGUAUCCCCUUCCCUCCAUACUCAUUUAAUCAUCUAUCGUUUGUCUAUAGAAUUGUUGUACAGAAAUGUAAAAAAAAUGUCAUUCCAGAAAAGUUUUGUACAUAAUCUGUGAUUUCUCUUGUUCAGGAGUGUUCUGUUUAAGUUAUAAUAGUAGUAGCACGUAGGGUAUUUGUAUUUAUAUGGUCAAAUGUAGACUUUUGAAUGAAAUCUUGUUCGCAAAUGUCAGAGAGAAAUGUAUAUAUGAUGAAUCUAAAUGAAAUCAUUAUCACCUUUGACCUAAGAAUGAGCAACAGUAGUCAGUCAUUCACACCUUAGUCACAUACUAAGUAUGCAUGCAUUUUUUAGUGUUUCUAUAAAUUCAUUGUAAGGUAAAUUUGAGGUAUUUUUUUAUGAGCAGUCAAUGUAUGUGAACUGUAUGUUAGUGUUAUAAGCAGAGUUUGGCAUGUAUAUUUUGUUCACUGUAUUGUCCUAGCAUAACUCUUGUCUAGACACGCCAGUUCCAAUGGCUUUCCAUGCAAAUAUGGUGCACAGGUUAAACUUCAUCUCGUUCUGGAUUUACCAAAACUAUGUGGAGAAUUUUCACAGAUGAAAUGUAAGAAAAAGAGGAAGUUGUGAUCUCUGUGAGAUGUGCCAAUGUAUUUCGGUAAUGCAGUUCUACCCAUGUUCCUUCAAUGCAAUGUAAUCUAAAAACAAAUGGGUCAUAUUAAAGUUACCUUAGUUUUUCUGUGCAAGAUGAGGUUUUUAAUGUGCAUAAGCUCAGAUACCCCACUCAGGUGUAGUCAUUUGAGCAGGAAUAUGUCAACAUUUGUUCCUGCCAUUCUGUAUUCUACCGUACACUGUGACUAAAGUAUCUGUGUAUAUAGUUUGAGGCAGUGUUGGAAAGUUGAUAUAUAUAGACACUUAGAGAGAGUUUGCCUUUUUUAAGCGGUAGAUGUAGAUUAUAUGAAGAACAAAUUUUUUACCUGUAUUAUCUUUGUAAUCUUUUUUUGUCUUCAAGUUUCUUGGUGAAUCUUUGAAAAGGUUAUUGCAGCCCACCUCAUGAUUUGAGAAAAUGCUUUACUGGUCAAGUUAUAUUGUUAGUUUUCUGUUAUUAUUGUUUGAAAAGGAUUUUGAUAAUAUUUUAUAGAUUUUUAAGUUAGACUGACUGUUUUAACUUUUCUUGACCAAGCAGUCAAAUUGUUAAUUUUGGACCCUUGACAACUUAACUGAAUAGGCAUUUUAAAUCUAUAACAAACCACCCUUUUAAGAAAACACUUUUGUUUCAUCUCAACUACUUAAUAUUAAGUGGUUAACUUGACCUUUAUAGAAAAUAUAGAAAAAAAAUGAGAAAACUGUACGUGAGUAAAUCCUGAUUCUGUGGUUGAGGUGUGAACAAAAACCUUGGAAAUGAAAUAUUUUCAUUAACACAGUGUAUAAACUUUUUAGGUGUGUUCUGUAGAAGUUUGUGUUUAAGAUUUGAUAUUGCUUCUAGACUGAUUUUCACUAGACGUUACUUAGUGUGUAUUUUGUGUGUAAAAAAUGUACUUAAUGCAAAAACAAAUUAUUAAAAGCAUAAAAACACUGGAGUGACUGUAUUUAGCCAUACAUCCCCACAUCUAUAUGUGGAACAUAAAACUCCUUUAUGCAGUGAUGUAUUGUUUAUUAGAACUCUCAACAAACAUAGUUGUACUUGAAAUUUAUGAAAGAAUAAUUGUACAAUAUUAGUUGUUAAAAGUUCAGCGAACUUGAUCUUUGCAUUUAUUGUUCUGUAUCCAGAAGUUUUGUCUUGAACUUUGAAGUAAAAGCUAUCCAUUUCAUGAAAUAUUCAAUCAUCAUUCUACAAUUCAUUUAUUUUGUCUUGACGUACUCUUAUAAAUAUUUGCAAUAAAAACAUAAAACACUG